GUGCAGAUGCUGGGGACAAGGAUAAGGCGAAGUCAGCCAAAAAGGAUGACAAAAAGGGAAAGAAGGAUAAGAAAGACGGCAAAGCUGAGAGAGAGAAGAAGAAGAAAGGCUCCUCGUCGGAGAAAGAAAGCGACUCUGAGUCCUGUGGAUCCCAGUCUUCGCAAGGCUUUUUUUCGGAGGUGCAGGCAAUGUUUUGUCUGCGCCAGAAGGACCUGCAACGCCAGAACGGGCAGGACAGGCUGGACGAUCUGUCGACUCGCCAGAUCGCUUUUGUGGUCUCCGGGGCGGGAGCUGGCCGUUGCUUGGCGGCGGCCGAUCUCCAGGAGAUCGGUGGCGAUCUCGAAGCGGUCCACAGCGACAGGGCACAGCACGCGAAGAAGACCAAGCAGAAGCAGGAGGAGAACCAGGCAACGGCACAGGCUGCCUUGGCUAGCACGUUGUGGCGGAAGCGACUGGCGGCUUUGGUGCAGACAUGCACCGGCCGUGGCCUCGGCAAUGUCACGAUCGUGCAGUGUGUGACCCUGGUGGAUGUGGCCAAGAAGAAGAAAUGGAAGAGGCAAGACCUGGAAAACACCUUGGAAGCCGAAGUGGAGAAGUAUCGCAAUGAUGCAACCAAAGAUCUCCAAUCGAGCCUGAAGAGCUCGAAAAAGCCCGGGAGCACGGCUAAGGAGGAACCAAAGAGGAGGGCUCCCAAAGCCGCUGUCAAGCAGGAGGAAGAGUCUGAUGGUGCCGGACCAAAUGAUGAUGAUAAGUCUGAGAAAGAGGGUGAUGAUGAUGCCGAGAAGUUUCGGGAGGAUGGCUGGCCCGAGGCUUCGGGCGACGAAGACGAUGAUGAUGAUGAUGAUGAUGGUCCCAAGACUGGGAAGCCGGGCCACGACGAGGAGAAAGAUGAUCCGGGGGAGGAAUCCUCGGACAGCGACUUGUUUCGUGGACCCUUUGGUCGCUCGAACCGAGGCAAGCCGCAGUCGUCCGGGCAGCAGAAUCAGAAGGAGGAGACCCUCUUCCAGAAGCUGAACCCACAGCUUCAAAAGCAAGCCCAGAGCAUCGACAAGCAUCUGCUGGACUCUUUGCCCCAAGACAUCCCCCU